AUGUCGUCUGAUGAUAGAAAACAUGAGGAAGAACUUAGUAAAACUGCGGUUAAAAGAAAGUAUUUGUUAACAGACGAGGACUUGGAAGAUGUGGACUAUGAGAUGAGGGACAAUCCUCUUAAUAAGUCUUACGCUCCCAUGAAAGUUUUCAAGCAGUGUGAGGUUGAAAAGACUGCCAUUGCAAAAUGGGGAAGUUUUGAAAAACUUGACGAAGAGCAGCAGGCGCGCAAAAAAAGGCAGUCCAGUCAAGUGAAGAAAAAAGAGAAAGAAAUGAGAAAAUUGUGGGAUUGUGAGGAAAUACAUGAGCCAAUGAAAUUGUUUAUGGAUAAAAUUGAGCUUCCAAAGARAAAGGAUACUCUCAAAGACAAGGACAAUAACAACAAAAAUUUGCUCAAUCAUGAUGUCAUUCUGUGCUACUGUGACUGUAUGCAUAGCAGACCCCCUGGAGCUAUGGGGAAAUCCAUUUACAAAAUGUUUCCGUCAGCAUCGAAGGUUGAUAAAAGCACCCCAUACAAUGACAGAAGAAAGUUGGGACAUUAUUCCUGGACRAUUGACAAGAAUCAACUCAUUGUUAACUUGUAUGUUGUGCACAAGUGGAGCUUCAAAUCCAAAUCAGCAGCCGAUUUUCCAAUUUUUAACUCCGAUGCCUUAUCUCUUGCAUUAAAAAGGCUCUCAGCUGCUCUGUUAAAUGAAUGGAGGAAUCACUCUGAUGAGGAAUUUAAUCUUUGUGUGGGAACCUAUGUCCCUUAUCRUGAAGAUCCUGAACAAUUCAAGAAGACAGUUGAAGAAAGCUUUGAACUUCCACACAACAUAGUCAGUUAUGAAGAUUACAAGUCCCAAACAGAAUAAAUGCUCUGUUUAAAGACAAGUUGUUUUAUCUUUUAUCGUAUUUGUGUUUAAAAUAACCAAUAUUAUAAUUUCAAUGAUAAAGAUUGUCCUGCCAUUUUUUGUGUGCUAUGUUGUUUCCAAUGUACAAUGUAGUUGAACAAAUUUAAACAAGGCUAGCAUGAAUUGCAGCACGGUAUAUGUAUCCUUGUUUACCGCUUUCUCCCUUACUGUAAUGUAUCUUCUCUAUUACUAAAGAUAAUCAAAUGUACAUGAUAAAUAAAUCAAUGUUUAUUGAUAUAUUUUGAUACAAAUUAAAAUGAA